GUAAGAUUUCGACCUAGAAAUUGGCGAGUGUCAUAGUCUCCAGCGUGGUCUCCAGCAGCGGCAGCGAUGGUGCAGCGGCGUCAGGUCGAGGGGUUCGCCGCAUUCGAGCAGGUGUACGCCGAGCUGAACGGCUCCGAUAAGGAUGUGUUCAUACUGUUCAGCGGCUCCGUGGACCCGGCCACCGGGCACAGCUGGUGCCCCGACUGCGUCAGUGCCGAGCCGGUGAUUGAGAAGGCACUCGCCUCUGCGCCGGAAGAUGCCGUCUUCGUGCAUGUGUCCGUCGGGCCGCGAGACUUCUGGAAGGACCCCAACUGCGUUUUCCGUACCGACGAGCGCACCCGGCUCAAGUCGGUGCCGACGCUGAUGAAGCUGGGUACCGCGGAACGGCUGGCAGAGGACCAGCUGAUGAAGGCUGAUCUCGUUGAGAUGCUGCUCUCUGAGUGAGCGGGCUGGGGAAGAUCUGGGGCCGACUGUACGGUCAGUGUCCUCAGGGACAGGUGGAUGGUGACCCAAGGCCAGAGCGAGGACGGGACAGCUCGCAGGGUCGGAGCUGUGUGCGUGCUGUGUUCAGCUAGGUGGCUGCUGCCUAAUAAGCUGAUCGGCCUCGCCUGGUUCCCUUCCAAUCGUCACCCUGCUCGUCCCAAAGAUCGCUACGAUACGCGAUGGUGAUUUGUUCCAAAGUUGGACACUUGAUCCCCAGCUAUGCUGGAACCCAUCAUGCCAUAUUGGCUCUGACAAAGAUCAACAAUUGAGUGCUGUAAGUGUGCACUUCAAGUGAAUUUUAAGACGAAUAGGCGUGGAUAUGCUUCGCUAUUGAACUGUUACAACAAUAUGUGAUAGUUAUAUUCCAAAUACAUGCCACUGAAAUCAUA